GGCCUCCCCGGCGCCGCGCCCGGUGGAUGGCGGUGGCGCGGAGGAUGGGGCCAGAGCGGGUGUGUCCCGAGGAGCCGGGGCCGCCGGAGGCCCCCGACGGCGCGGCGGGCUGGAGCGGCGAUGAAGAAGAGGAGGAGGAGGAGGAAGAAGAGGAAGGAGGCGGCGGCGGCGGCGGCGGCGGGUACUUGUACCAGCCCCUGAGCCAGGAGCCGGAGCAAGGCCCCGGCGAGGCGGUCCCCUCCUCCACCCCGGCGGGUUGCGCUGAAUCGGGCCCCAGCCUACAGGAGCGGCUGCAGAUGCUGAGGCUGCACCUGCCCGACCCGCCGGUGGAUAGCGAGGAGGAGGAAGAGGCGGAGGCGGAAGGCGCCGCGGCUCAGAGCAGCCGCAGCUCCAUCCCCAUGGAUGCAGAGCAUGUGGAGCUGGUGAAGAGGACGAUGGCCAGUGUGAAGCUCCCCAGCCUGGGCAUCCCUGCCUGGGCCAGCCAGAUCUCGGAGGAGCAGUGGAGGGACGUGGUGCAGCGCACACUGCAGGCCCGGCAGAGCCUCGGCGGCCCCAGGCCCGAGUGGAAGUGAGGGCAAAGCAGCGGCACGGGGGCUGCUAACCCCGCGCCCCCUCCACCACACAGGUCAGGCAGGCGUCCACUGCCUCGGAGCUGGCUGGUGCUGGGACUUGGCUGCCAUUGACCUUCCACUUUCUCCUGCUGAACAUCGUCAGGCUUCCCUUCCUGUUCCUCGUUUUUGGUUCUGGCUGUGUAAGCUGCUGUGAUGUCCUUUUGUUGGCUUCCUCUGCCUCUGAGAAGCCUGACCCAUUUCUAUGUGUGCGUGUGGAGGGAGGGGGCUUGGUUGGCUUUGCCCAGGUUGCCUUGGGAAAAACACUGGAUUUGUCUUGUUGGUGCUAGAGAAGUCCCUCUGCAUACUAGGACGACUCCUCCCGCGACAGGGGCUGUGUGUUGGAAUAUCAGAUGUGGAGUCCAAUGUGUCUUUCCAAGAGGUCAGUUUUAUUUAGUUCUGUACAUACAGGGACAUCUGUACAAAAUCCAACACUUUCAUACUAUGUAAUGCUCUACUGAAAAUAAAGUACACCAUAUGUACAUAUGAACUGUAAGCAGCUUAA